AUAGGUAAAAAUUAUGCACUAAUAUUCCUCUCUCUCUUCUCUCUCGCUCCUCGUCCCUGCUCAAGUCUUUUGCCCAAAGGCCAAAUCUCUCGUUUUUAAGAUUUUCUCUUAGCUUCGUAUUUCAAUUAACCGCCAAAAAGGUCUGUACGCCAAUCGCGAAGGAUUCCGUUUCGAAUUCUACCGAAGCGAUGCUUUCCAUGGAGGUUUAGAGGUAAUUGUUUAGUAGGAUUUUGUGUUAGAUGGAGUCGAUGGUGGGGAGUGAAUCAGGAGUAGGAUUGGAGGGCGUGGGUGAAAAGAGACCGUUGCUAGAGGACGGGGAAGUGUUGAAAGAAGCUAAGAGGAUUAAAGGGGGUGGGGAUUUGGUUGUGAAUGUAAAGAAGGUGGCGGAGAUGGUGUUGGUGUUGGCGGCUAUGGGGAAGAUGAGGGGAGGGAGUGGAACGACAGAGGCCGAGAAGGACUUGAUGAAGGAAGCCCGGGAAAGGUUGGUGAAGGUUUGUGAGGGGUUUGCCCCUAAGGAUGUGUUUCCAAGGGAUGCUUUUGGGGGUGUGAUUGAGGAUAUGGGGCUUAAUAAAUUGAAGGAACAAAGACUAGGUUUUCGACCUCCCAAAUUGUCAAUUGCUGAGAAGUUGUUGAUCUCUAAAAGAAAGAUGGAAAAAUCAGAAAAAAUAUCUCUACCAUCCACUCCACAUUCAUCUCAAAGUCAGCAAGUGAACUCUCAUGCAGGAGCUGAAAGCUAUGGUACACCACGCAGUGUUCAGAUGCCUCAGUCAGAUAAACCAGUUCACAUGGCAAUAUCUUCUGGAAAUUUUAAAUCUUCCUCACCUUUGGGUCAUGGCACUCCAUCAAAUUCUACAUCUUCAACAUAUCAGCUUUCUACUAGUGAGAUAAGACCAGGAGUUUCCAGUACUUUGCCCUCAAGUCAUUUGGGUUCAACGGCUUUGCCUAGAGUUGACCGUCCUCUUGCUAGAUUGGAUGGAAGACUAAAUGGCUCUCUUUGCCCUUCACAAGUUCAAGUAAAUUACACUGCUAACUCAAGUGUGAGAACUCCAACUUGGUCGGUGCAACCCCAAUCUGGCUCAUCAGCUAAAAUUUGUUUAGAUACUAAGGUGCCAGUGAAUUUGUCUGUUAAAGAUGGAGGAGUUGAUGGUAAGUCUGGAUUGACCCCACAAGCAACCCCUAGGCCAGUUGUCACUCAGAAAAUUACUGGGCCACCAAGGGUACUUCCGACUUUACAAGGAACGAACUCUGUUCAGACUCCUUCAUUGGGUAAUACACAUGCUGAAAUUAGUAAGAUCGUUCAGAAAUUAUUGCAGUCUCAGGAUCUGAAGUGUCCUCCUUGGAAGCCUCCUUCUAGGGAUUACAUGAACAAAGCAUUGACGUGUCAGAUGUGCAUGUCUGCCCUUGUGGAGAUAGACAGCUUACUUGUUUGUGAUGCUUGUGAGAAAGGGUUCCACUUAAAAUGCCUCCAGACAACUAAUCAAAAUAAAGUUCCUAGAGGAGAGUGGCAUUGUGGAAAGUGCUUGUCACUAAGCAAUGGGAAACCUAUACCCCCCAAGUAUGGUCGUGUCAUGAGAAACAUUAAUGCACCAAAGGUGCCUUCGAAUGCAGCAGCUGUUACAUCAACUUCAACUAAAAAGGUUGAGGCUUCAGAUGAGAAGAUCGGUCAGCCGAAGGUAAUGGUCAAUGUGAACACCUCAAUUCAAAAUGUAACCAAUGAUACCACUGAAAGUAAUUAUAGCUAUCAAGUAUCUGGAACAAAAGCGGAAGAUGCUAAAGGAGUGCAAGGGAAUGGUAUCAUAUCGAGUGAGGCAAAGGUGGAUGACAAAUUCUCUGAAACUUGCCCAAAUGAUGUGAUGAAAACCUCAAAUGCUGCUCGUGUUACUCCUGUAAAUUCAUCAGCUGAAACAUCCUUUGAUGGGAAAAUGAUUGAAUUCAUAUCAGAUCCUCCUGAGAAGUCAGACGCUGUUCCUACUUUAUCUGAUAACUCACGAACUCCUGCUGACGCUCAAGAUAGUAACCUAAGGUCAGCUAGUGAUGAAGUAAGUUCACCAUAUCAAUUUCUUGAAAAUCAUAUGGUGAGUAGGGAUUCAACGGAAUCUCAUGGUAAAGAAACUUCCAACAAUAACAUAAAUCAACUAAAGGAUGAAGUUUUACGAGAAAAUCGUACAGAAACUACUGCCAGUACUGGAGUUACAGAGCACAAUAUUUCUGCACCAGAUGGCUUACAUGCUGUAUAUUGGGGCGGCGACAUAAUGAAAGUUGUGGAUAAGAAAAGUUAUUAUCAAUCUUGCUACAUCAACGGGCAUAUGUAUAAAGUUCAGGAGUAUGUUCUUAUUCGCUUUGACAAUGAUAGGCUGAUCCCUUCAAAGCUUCAGGCCAUGUGGGAGGAUAACAAUACUAGAGCAAAGUGGGUAACAGUACAUCGGUGUUACUUCCCUGGUGAUUUGCCUGAGGCUGUUGGCCGCCCUUGUGGCCUAGAAAGCAGUGAGGUCUGCGUGUCUAAUCGUGAUAGCACAUUAAUGGCUGGUCUAAUACAAAGCCCAUGUGAAGUCCUUCCGCCGAGAAAGUUUGCUGAAGAAAGUGAAAGGAGAACUCAUUUAAGGCCACAGCCAAACCGUCGUUUACCUCCACUUUAUCUGUGCAAAUGGAUAUAUGAUGAAUCAAAAGGUUUAUUCCGUGACAUUUCCUGUUAAUUACGGGUUAGGCAUACCAUAGGUCAAUACAUGGAUGCUGCCCCUGUUCAGUCACAGUUUAAUCAGGUGCAUGGCCUUUCUCUUUGUCUGAAACUCCAUCCUUAAAUGUACUAGUAAUUUUCUUUGAGUGAGUCUCUUUACUUUUUGAUCAUGUCUUUUGUACAGUUCAUAAAAGCCCCAUUUUGCAUGGCUUUUAAAAAGUCAAAAGUAGUUUUUGAGAUUAAGAAACUAUUUUUUUGAACCUGUUUGGAUAACUUUCUGAAAGUGCUUUGUCUACGUAGUAUUUAAAAUAAGCUGAGCUAACAUAGCUUUUUCAGGAAACUCUUCUACAAAAUGUAGUAGUAAAAGCCUUGCAAAACGGGCCCUAAAUUUCCGUCACAUCUUCUCGAAGAUGUGGAAAAGGCGCACAUAAAUGUAGAGUACUAUUAGUCAUGUGCUAAUGAUAAACCCCAAAUACGGUUUACAUAUUUUAGAAGACUCAAGGGGGGAGGUGGGCAGUAGAAACAGAAUUCUGUUAGGCAGCAAAUGGCAAAGGGUGAAGUAGUUAGGAGUGGGCUAUAAAUAAGAACGUA